AUGGAAGGCGCCCACCGUCAGUUUCGCUCCACCAAACGCCGGGCCACCCCGGUACCGGUGGCGCCGCCAAGGGUACCAACCCCGAUGCCCGUCAAUAACAACAAUGGACCCAGAUCAUGUGAAACUCCGAAAACGACGUCGUCGUCUACGCUGAUAGCAUCGGCGCCAUCUGGUCACGACAUGCAGCAGCAGCAAAGGCUUAUCUCGAAAGCUCCGUUCCGGUUGCUGGAUAACGACGUCAAAACUGCCUGGAUCAAUCCCAGAUUAAUCUCAAAGAUCGAUUUGGACAUGAUAAAAAAGAACGAUUACGUGCCCUCCUACGAACGCAACAUAAACGGCUAUCAUCACCAUCAUCCGAGGGCCUCUUCUUGCGGAAGAGUCCACGACCGAGAGUGGGAGACUCCACCACUGACGUCACCAAUAGUAGUGAAUGGACGCGGCGCGAAAUUCCAACAACCAGUGGCAGUUCCUACCUCAACCGGACCAAUUCCGGAGCCUUCCGGAGUCAGACGCGCUCCCAAAACCGGCAAUAACGGACGUUCCGCCAAAACUGUUCAAAUGCCUUUAGCGAAAAACAAUCUCAAGAGUCGUUUGCCAACUAAAAAAGUUAAAAAUAAUAAUUUGGCAACCCUUAAUGCUCAAGCGCUAUGUCAGCAACAAGUUGCUGCUGGUAGACAGCUACAAUCUUUGGCUUAUCAUCAGCAAAAUGUAAAAGUGUGCGAAAGUGCGGGACUUUUCGGUGUUUAUGCUGAAACUAAGUAUGUUUACGCGGUUAAUAGUGUUGGGACUAAUUUGGCUCAAGCUUCAGCUGCAGCUGCUUUUUUUGCCAGCCGCUCAGAAACUGAACCUUUCCUCGUCGCCGCACAGAAGGAAACGUUACAACUCGGACGAAACGGAUCCGGGAGGAUUUUGCGGGGCCUUGCAAAAAUGCCCUCCACCUGUACCACCCGCCCUUCUGAGACGAAUAGGAGUAAGAGAAGUCACCGGAGUUGGAAAGUAAUGCUGCGUGUGUCAAAUUCGAUACCAGACACCGGUGGGGGUGGUUUCUUCAGUUUGGACAAGCGAAAAAAACAAGUCACCCUGGUGGAUCCGAGCAUCUUGAACGGUUCCACCGCUCCAGAGGAUCGUCGAGUAGGCGUAGCAGCUCCAAAAAUGUUCGCAUUCGAUGCAAUUUUCUCACAAGACGAUUCACAGAGCGAAGUUUGUUCGAGCGCACUCACCGACGUCAUCCAUGCUGUGAUCAAUGGUACCGAUGGGUGCCUGUUCUGUUUUGGCCACGCCGGCUUGGGUAAAUCGUAUACGAUGCUAGGCACGCCAGACACGUCCAAUACGUUGGGGAUAAUCCCUUGCGCCAUCUCGUGGCUAUUUAAAGGCAUCAACGAGCAAAAACAAAAGACCGGAGCGAGGUUUUCGGUACGUGUCAGUGCGGUAGAGGUGUCCGGACCGACCAAUCAACUGCGAGAUUUACUAGCUGGAUAUUCUAAUGAUUCCGAACAAUCGCCCGGAAUGUACCUGAGGGAUGAUCCACUGAUGUUUGGCAAUCAACCGCCUCAUUGCGAACUGAGAGUACCAUCUGCAGAAAAGGCUGCUCAUUAUUUGGAUGCUGCUAUUGAAGGCAGGUCGCAGGCUACCAGGGAUUUGUGCAGAGAUUCACAUUUGUUAUUCACUUUGCAUGUAUAUCAGUACAGUGUUGCUGGAAAAGGUGGAGUGGCUGGUGGUAGAUCAAGACUGCACCUAAUCGAUCUCGGCAACUCUGAACGAGGCAAAGCCAGCGGAGGCAUUCCAUUAUCCGGUCUUGGCAAUAUACUUCUGGCUAUUUUUAAUGGACAAAAGCAUUUGCCUUACAAAGAACACAAGUUGACGCAUCUUUUAAAAGACUGUCUUAGUUCCUUAACCUGUCACGCGGCAAUGAUAGUUCACGUGUCACCCUUCGCGCAAAAUUACGCCGAAACGUUGACGACGGUGCAAUUGGCUUCCCGAAUACACCGAAUGAGACGGAGAAGAAUCAAGUUUGUUUCAACGGCCGCUGGAAAUGGAUCAGGUGAAGAGCAAACUCGUACAACAGGAACAAGCAGCGAACCAGACCCUUCAAGUAGUGACUUGUCUGCUGAUACAGUAAUCUAUGUAGGCCGGGCAGAUGACGCUACUGACGGUGAACAUCCGCCGGUUUACAUCCCCAGCCUCAACUCCGGUGAUAAUCGUUGCUCAAUGAGUAAAGCACUGAGAGGCUCGUCAGCGGAACAAAGACCUUCUUCGACGAAAUCGUCUCCAAAGCCUGAAGCCUUACACCGUCCAAUGAAAACGCCCUGUCAGAGCGCCAAAACUUCUCCAGCGCACACCAGCUCACCAAAAUCGUCCCCCAGUCGGAUUCCUUCCAUUAAAAAACCUCCGGAAACGAUAAAACAUUCUAAUGGUGCUAGCGAUGAACAGUGGAUCGAUGGACCUAGAAUAUCCAAAAGUAAAGUAGCCGAAGCCCGACACCUGAUGAAAGAAGCGUGCCACAUCAAAAAACGCGAAACGUGGAUCGACGGCCCGAUGCAAGCGUCCACCGACCCUCAAAGCUACGGCUACAUGGACUCGCACAAGAAAAACAUGAUCCGGAAAUGGGUAGAACAUCAAACAAUCCAAAUAACCAAAACCGGCACUAAACACCCGGAAACCGGCAGUAAACACCCGGCCCGUCACAAAGAGCUCACCCAAUUCAAAACCGAAGAAGUCCAAGUCCAAGAAGAUGAAACUUUGAUGAAACCACUCAAAACUCAAGACAUUGAAAAGGGCGUGAUUAGAACAGGGUUGAAGAUACCAAGUGCCCGGGCAGAUUCGAUAGCUGAAGACGAGCAACAAAAAAAAUCGGAUGAUGAUGAUGAUGAGGAACCAGCCCUGCCUCCUGCUCUUCCAAUUAUCCAGCCCCUAAGCUCACGGGAAGUUUCUCUGGAAAGCCUGGACAUGAUACUCAAAGAGCGCAUGUUGUCCAACGCCGAGUACCAGAACAAAAGCUUGAUUCAUCAAAAAGAAGAAGAAGAAGACGAAGAUGAAGUAUUGGAAAUCAUAGAAGUUGAAGAGCCAUUGGAACCGGUACCCACUAUGGAUAGUUGUUUGCAAGUCACCGAAGAGGAUAUUGCACUAUGUAUGGGUUUUUCGGAAAAUCCUUUGCCAGAAGUUGAUCAAGAAAAUCCUCUUGACCAUCCUUUGAGGAUAUUGAGCCAGGAGAACCUAACUGUUGUUUCUACAUUUACGGAUUCUAUGAGCGUUUAUACGGAUUUAGAGAGGAUUUUGCCUAGACACAGGUACGAAAGGUAUUAUGACGACUAUGAAGAUCCAGACAACCCGCGCGUAAACGGCAACCCCGCCUUUGACGACACAACUCGAAGAAAAUUCGACCAACUGGCACGAUUGCACGAACUCUACACCCAUCGACUUGCCAAGGCCACUGUUGCCAACUCGGAAACUUACCAAUCGCAACAGCGCCACCCCAGAUCGCUUACCCGCUGUGGCAGUCUUACCUUGAACGACAUGCUUUACGGGCAUACACAGAACGACGUUCCAGACAAUAGCAGUAUCUAUUCAGAACCUGCUUACGUGCAAGAAAAAUUCUGCGAAAAUUGCAGAGUGAAUAUGUCGAGGCCGAGUACGGUGCAGAACUGGUACGAGCAAAGUUUUCUGAGUGCGAGUACGCAGGAUUUGUCUAGGCAUUGCGAGUCUGCAAAAAGCGGAGGAAGAUUUCAUCAUCAAGGACAUUGUCACAAUAGCAAAUUAACCACUAGAGAAGCUAAUUUGGCUUUUUUAAGGCAUCCCGACGGUGCAUCGAACCCAAAUUUACUCAAAGAGACAGCGUGUAGUAGGAGCGCGUUGCCUCUUGAUGUACCGUCGUCCAAAGUUGCUGUUCCCGCCUCCUCAAUUACUAGUCAACCAAGUACGGAACGAAUGAAUCGAGCCGUUCUGAGCCUGGAAACUGGUCUGAAGUUGACUCAGAAGUGCGAAGAGUACGAUUCCGGGCACGAUUCUACCCCGAGAACUUCCAAACAUAGUCCUGCGGCUAUUUCUAGGAGAGCUGAAAGCGGAUACGAUUCAGUGGUGCGCGACAGCGAAAGUAGCUCAAUCGAUUCAGAGCCGACGAGGUUUUCCCACGUUGGAAGGAGAGGCAAGUGCAAGCACAAACACGAAAAGAGUUUUUGCUCGUGGUUUCUGAACCCGUUCACCUGUAAAUACAUUGACGAGCCACCUGAGACACAUUUUUAA